GAGGGGUGCGGAGAGGCCGUCCUCAGCUCGGGCGACAAGCCCUUCCGCCGCCUGGAGCACUUCCGGAUGCACGACUACGCCCGCCGCCUCGCCCUGGCCACCUCGCCGUCACCUCCGUCGACGCCAUGUUCAAGCGGAAGCGAGGUCGCCCGCCCAAGAACAGGAUCAUUGAGGUUUGGAAUGACUACCUUCCUGUGUCCAGCGCCCACGACUCUCCGCAGGCCAUCUUCACCAGCUUCAAGCUCCCGAAGACGUCUCCGCCGCCGCACGGGCCGUCCCUGGCCAUGCCCCCCGCCCUGGCCAGCCACCCCAUGACGCCCCUGGGCCACCUGGCGCACAUGGGCCGCGACGCCUCGCCGCCCGGCCUCAUCAUGUGCGUCGUCCCCCAGCCCGCCAUCCUCGGGGGACCCCUGGGGGGACCCCUGGGCGGACCCCAGCCCGUCCUCCUGCCGCUCCGGGGGCCGCUGCUCGCCAACCCGCUGCAGCCUCAGGCGGAGGUGGUAGACGGGUUCUACCCCUGGGCCGAGGGCGUGGCCUGCCCCGACCAACUGUGCCCGCUGCUGGGGCGCCGCCACUACCACUGCGCCCACCCGAGGUGCCUGUACGUCACAUUUCCACGAGAACACGCCCAUCCCCGAAGGGUUCAUUGCCAUCGACCGCAACAUUGACUGUCGGUCACCAAACUGUCAGAGCAACAAGGUGAACAAGCACUUCCACUGCACGCGCUGCGGCUUCUCCUUCGUGCGGUACCAGACCCUCGAGUCCCACGCGGAGAAGCACCAGCAGGAGGACGAGGGCGUGGCGGUCGCGGGCGGCGCCACCCACCACAGCCUCGGCCCGCAGUCGCCCAUCUACCUGAAGAAGCCCCGGCCGGACAGCCCCAUGGACACGCCGGCCCCCGGGGGCCCCGCCGGCAGGGAUUCGCCCUCCAAAGGACAAGAUCUCUCGCCUCCAGUGGUCAAGUCCUCAGGGAUCUUCUACCCGCUGUCGCCCUUCCCGACGGCCAACCCCGGCGGCAUCCGGCCGCCCAACGCGGCGCGCGGCGAGCCCGGCGCCCUCGUGACGCCCAUCCCACCCUCGACGCGCCCACAGAUGUCCACCACGUUCACGCUGCCCGUGUCGGGGAGCCUGACCAUCACCGCGACGCGCCGCUCGCCGGGACCGCAGGCGCCGCACUCGCCGGCGCGCGACCGCAUGGACCAAGGCGACGCCGACGACCGCACCCACGACUUCGAGGCAGACGCCGCCCGCUCGCUGGGCGUGCUGGGCGGCGACCCGUACUCUGCGCGCCUCCUGCAGCAGAUGACGGCCGAGCAGGCGCCCCUCGCGGCCGCCCUGGGCGCCGACUGGAUGAACCCCGAGCGCCACCCGCAGUACGGGCCGGACUUCUCGUGCGGGCGCCCCUUCUGCAAGCUCAAGAAGAAGGAGCACUACCACUGCCAGGUGUGCAACCAGGCCUUCAGCGAGCACGAGAAGCUGCGGCCGCACCUGCUGAAGCACGCCGCUUGCGGCCCCAUGACGCCCGGCGGCAUGGCGGCGGCGGGCGACGAGGACCCGCCGGCGCAGGUGAAGGAGGAGGCGGAUGACGCGGGCCAGGCGCCGUCCGAGGGCGGCGAGCGCCCCUCCAGCCCGCGCAGCCCCAGCGAGAGCACGAGCAGCAGCAUGGGCGCCACGCCCCUGGCCGCGCCAGCCAGCAGCCCGCGCUCCCUCAGCACGUGCAGCAUCUCAGGGAGCAUCAGCGGCCCUCAGUUCCCGCUGGUGUACACGCAGGCGGCCAGCUUCCCCGGGCUGCCCACGCCCUUCGGGCCGCACCUGGGCAUGGCAGGCAUGUUCCCGGGCACCAUCCCGCGCCUGCUGCCGCCCACGGCCUGGCAGGUGCACCCCGCGCUGGCCGCCAUGGCCCACCAGGGGCUCAUGCUGCCGGGCGUCAGACCCAACGGCGAGAUGCCGCACGGCUCGCCCGGCCCCGGGGGCAUGCCCGGCGUGAGCCCGGGGCUGCCGCCGGGCCUGCAGGCGUCGGGCGACCACAACCCCGUGCUGCCCGCCACGCUGGGGCCGUCGCCGCACCUGGCGCUGCUGGGCAAGCGGCUCGGCGCCGACGACUUCGCCGCGCAGGACGCCAAGAAGAUCCGCUCCAACCACUCCAUGCGCCUCCUCAAGGACGAGCCCGUGCCCGAGGGCUACGUGCGCUUCAGGUUCAACGAGGACUGCCAGUACCCGCACUGCGGCUACCGGGAGCACCAGACCCACUUCCACUGCAUGCGGAAGGACUGCGGCUAUUCGUUCUGCGACAAGACGCGGUUCGUGCAGCACACGGCGCGCCACGAGCGCCUCGACACCCUCAUGGGCGGAGACUUCAACCAGUUCCGGUCCAACGUGCCGUGCGGGCGCCCCGACUGCGUCUACGCCUCCAUGAUAGGCCAGCAGCAAAACAAGGCGUCGCACUUCCACUGCCUCAAGUGCGACUUCGUGUGCACGGACACCAACAAGGUCGUGGCGCACCGGCGGCAGCACCAGAAGCGCGACUCCAUCAACGCCGCCGGCUUCGAGAAGUUCACGCCGUCGCAGCCGUGUGGCGUCCAGGGCUGGUGCCAGUACUCGGUGCUGGGCCUCAGCCAGAUGUCCGCCCAUCGCUUCCGCCACCUCGAAUGAAGUUGGUUCGGGGAGUAGUCUAGCGAGAUGCUCCCCUCAUG